AUGGAGUUGAGCAUCGCAAGUCAUGGGAAGGCAUUUCCUUUUGCUAAUAUGACAAAGGAAAAGGAGUUCAAGAAAGGUAUGACCUCAAAGAUCCAGAGUAAGGAAUCUUUGGUGGUGAAAGAAACAUUUUUAAACGUCACCACCAAGAAGAAACUAAAAGAGGAGAAAGCCCCAAGUCAAUAUCCAAGGGAGGAGAGGCCACAUGCAACCUUGAAGGAGUUAGAGCCAAAAGUCCACCCAUUUGCAUAUUCAGAAGUAUCUAUGAUUCUUGAUGAAUUCUUAGCUAAGAAAGUUAUUAAUCUUCCUGAAUCAAAGAGGCCCGAAGAAACCAAUAAGAUUGGUGGUCCUAGAUACUGCAAGUUACAUCGCGUCUUUGGCCACCCGACAAGUAAAUGCUUUAUCUUGAAGGAGAAAAUCAUGAUGUUAGUAAGUGAAGGAAUUAUUAUCAUUGACCAGGAUGAUAAAGCGGAGGCAAAUCAUGCUAGUGUAGCACCAAAUCAAAAGAAGUGCUCAAGGUCCACUUUCUUGCAAUUCGGAAGUUUAACUCCUAUUGAAGGUUAUUUUCCAAGGAAAACUCUUGAAGGUUCACUAGAGAUAGACACCACAAAGAAAAUAAAGUUGAUGGUUGGAGUUUGCACAAACGACACAAAGGAAAGCAAAGGCGGGCAUAAUCCAGCAAUAACACAAGAACAUCAAACUGAUGAAAAAGUUACCCGAUGUUGUGCUGCAAUUGCCUUCACAGAUGAUGACUUAUUGUUAGGGUCUAAGCUACAUAACAGACCUUUAUUUGUUGUAGGAUCUAUUCGGGAACAACAUCUUAAUCGCAUACUAAUCGAUGGUGGUUCGGCAGUCAAUAUCAUGCCAAAUGUUGUUCUGAGAAAACUUGGGAUCUCUAUUGAUGAACUGUUCAAAAUUGACCUAACAAUCCAAGAUUUCAAUCAAGGAGGACAACGAUCCAUAGGGAAGAUUCGCGUAGGAUUGUCCAUUGGCGACGUGAAAUCAAACACUUUGAUUCAUGUCAUAGACGCCAAAACAUAA